AUAUGUGUGAAAAGGUUGAGGAGUGAAGAGGCAAGGAGCCGCUGGUGUACCUCUACGACAUGGGUCCAGGGUCGCAAGGUGGGUCUGGGAACUUACCAGGCGUCACGAUUUCAGGACCAGCACCUCGGUCCGGCAUGGCUUAUAGGCCACCCUCCAGAACGGGGAGAGCACCGCAUGCUGUCAGAACGAGGGCCAAGAGGCCUGUGAGCCCCGAGGAGCCGACAAAGGAUGUUCCUGAGCCCAGUGGGAAGGAAGUGGUGGUAGAUGUUCCAGAAGGAGAGGAUGAGGAGGAGGAUAGGCUGAGAAAAGAAGAGGACGAGAAGGCCGAGCAAAGGGCUAAAAAGAGAGGCGCCAAGCCUGACACGGAUAAUCCCUCAGAAGUGAAGAAAAAGAAGUACGCUGUCCGAGUAGACGAAGGAUUUGACGUAGAGGAAAUCAUGGACAGGAUCCUUGAGGGUUAUAACUAUCUUAUGAACCUAAAGGAUGUCCUGGCUUCGGCGCUGAGGCUCAGGGAUGAGCUAAAAGCAUGAUUAUCUAGGAAGAUGGUGGCCAAUGUACGACUAGGGACCAUAAUCCCUAAAGAGGCAGAAUGGGCUGAGACCGGAACAAAGAUGGAUUGGUAGU